CCGCGUGACUACUCCUCGCGACGUAGACGCUUUGACUGAAGUCAACCCGUAGAGCCGCUCAAAAGCCUGUCAUCUACGAGCGCGUGCGGACCGGACCACUGCACACCAUGAAUUUCCUCGCAGCUCUUAUCCUGACAGUUGCUUUGGUGGUGGACGCUGAGGACCUCCACUGUGAUCCAGAUACCCAGUUUGAACAGGGUGGAGAGUGCUGCAAGAUGUGUCCCCCAGGUCAGAAAAUGCAGUCGUCUCUAGAGUCCUGUAGUGAACCUCACUGCCAGCCCUGCAGGGAGAAUGAAUACCAGGACAAAUACACCAAAGAAAACACAUGCAAACUCCAGCCCUACUGUGACCCCAACAAGAACUUUAAGGAGGCGGUCGACAUGAAAACAACCGUGAAGCAUGUCUGCUCGUGUAAAGACGGCUUCCACUGUUCCAGCCGGGAGUGCAUCACUUGUGUGGCUCACACCCCCUGUGGGGUGGGGUCCGGAGUUCAAACUAAAGGCAGCCACAUGUCUGACACAGUGUGUGAAGAAUGCCGACACGGAACGUUUUCCAAUGAAAGCUCCGCUGAAGACGCCUGCUGGACGUGGACAGAAUGUGGGAGCGGGUUCUACGUUGAGAAAGCCGGAACAAAUCGCUCCGACAACAUCUGCGCCAAAAAUCGUGACCAUGUGAUAGCCAUACUUGCAGUCUUCGGGGUCCUGUGUGCGGUUAUGGCUGUAGUUGUCGUUCUUUGGUGUAUUCACAAACGACGAUCAGGAUCCAUGAAGAAGAGUGCAAGGAGUUCUAUUGAAAGUCUGGGACCAGAAUCGUUCACGCCCAUCAGACAAGAGGAAACGAGGACGCCGGUGGAAACCGAGGACAUCGGAAUAACGGAGAACGGGAACUGCGUUGUCCAAGAGCACGGGAACGCCGUCAAGCUCUCCCGUCAGGAAUCUCAGAUGGACACCACGACUGAGCAUUCAACCUUAUUCUCCUCUUCCUCUGAGGGGAAGUCUUCCUGUGAGAGAUUGAAUUCCUUGUAAACACUUCAAGUACUUCAGGUGGCCACAAAUUCCUGUGGCUACUUUGUGUCAUAUGUCGCAUGGCGAAUGCCGCCAUCGACAGCCUCAGGAGCGGAUGAAAGCGCGGAAAAUGAACGAAAAGACGCCUCAACUGCUUCUAAAGACUAAACCCUUCAUCUUUAGACGCCAUCAGGAUGUUAGACCCUGAAAGCUAACGGGAUGUCCUCAGAUGGACCAACACGCUGAAGAUUUUUAGCAGCUUCCUCAAUCACUGAAGACAUUUGUUUGCAUCCUAUGUGAAAAUCAGAACGUCUAAACCCACACCUAAGAUACAGAACAAUCAGAAAGGUUGCAUGGACUACAUACUGUCUAAAGAUGGUUUUUAACAUAUUUAUGUAAAUAUAAAUUAUAGACUAAAGCUAUGACUGCAGUUCAUUUAGGUGCAAGGAUCCAUGACUGUAAAUUUCGUUUUUAUCCUAUAGAUCAGAAUGUUUGCAUGUGGUUCCUGUCAGCUACAUUAGAAACCUAAACCUGAUUGUGUUCUUUUGACCUAUGCACUAUUUUUACAUUGUUUGAAAGUUUUGUUCUUGUUUCUGGUCAUCUUUUAUUAAAAAUGUUGUAAAAGUGGA